UAUAACAAUACCCAAUUUGGUUGUGUUUUGACAAUAUUCCUAUGCCUAAAUGAUUAAAAAUAAUUAGGACCAAAGAAUAUCUGCUCAUAUCCUGCCUGGCUUUGCUUGAAAUUUGAUAAUCACACCAUGUCCUGGAUUCGUGAAGGUAACCAUGAUAAAGCAUGGAACGACCCUCCCGUGUUCGCGUACGACGCUGCGUCGGCAGCGCAGGCCAAGCAAAAGCGCACGCCGCUCAACAAGCGAGUCGCCUUCCCCGUGACGGGGACGGCCGGUCAGGGCUCUCCGCUGCUGUCCGGCCAGGGCCCGCCGCCGAUGGCUCCAGGCCAGGGCCCACCCCCUCUCAGGCCCGGACAGGGACCGCCACCGAUGGCCUCUGGGCAGGCGCCGCCUCCUAUGCUGCCCGGACAGGCGCCGCCUCCUAUGCUGCCCGGACAGGGACCACCGCCUAUGCUGCCCGGACAGGGCCCGCCACCGACGGCUCCUGGUCAGGGUCCGCCACCGAAGUCGUCUGGUGAGGAGGCGCCGGUUCUGUUUGCCGCUGAGAUCAAGGCCAAGCUGCUGUCCAUCCUGGACGGUCUGGAUCAAAUCGAGGCGAAGCUGAAGGAUGACAUCACGCUGCGUGUGGACGUCAUCUGCUGUGUGCUGGACGCCGACCGGCUCAGUGCGCCCGUCCAACAGAGAUUAUCGCAGCUCGUCAACGCGCUGUCUGAAGGCUCGGUGGAAACGGCCGACCGGCUGCAGCGCUCGCUGAUGGUCGACUAUCCCGGAGAGUGCGGCUCCUGGAUGCCCGGUAUCCGACAGCUGAUCGUACAGCUCAGCCCUGCUACCGCCGGCGUUACACCCGGAGUUACACCCGACGUUACACCCGUAGUUACACCCGGUGAGGGACCGGCCACGGACCCGUCCGCUGACGCUCCGGAGAGCUGAGGGAUGCUUUGUUACGACGGAAGGUGUUUUCGAAGCGCUCCGAGUGGGCAAAGGCCCUGUGCGGCAGUGUAGGACUUUGGGAUAUUGCUAGUUUGGAUGGUGGCCUCUCGGCUCGAUCGUAAGGUUGAAUUGCUCCGUGAUGAAAGGCGACGGUGAAUUUUUCGAAAGCGAUUGGUGGGACGUCUGUCGGACGAUUUCUCUGUUUUAACAGUGUUUUACACAUUUUAUCGGCUCAUGCUUUUUUGUGGUAAAUAGUUGUCCGUUUUUCAAUUUUAUAAUUUGUCCGUUUUUUGUCUGUUUUAUUCUUUUACAGUACAAUUGCCUCUUGUGAUUUGCAAACUUAUCGUGAUCAGUAGCUGUAGGCCGUGAAGAUAUUUACGCUGGGAUCUUUAAUUUUCCAGCUUUGAAUCGACUGAAAGUGCACUGCUUCCUAAAGUGGUCUGAAGGAGCUGCACUCGGAGAGCAGUACGAUUCAUCGCAGUAUGAAUCAGUUACCAGAUCCGUGCAGUUUGCGAUGUGAUGUCUGUCCUACCUCCGCCCGGGAUUGGGGCGCCGUGAGUGGUCCUCAGUCGUUCUGUGCGUUCUGAGUGGGCUCCGUCUCUAUGUAUCGUCUCGUUGUCCGGUGGAGGAGGGUGUGGAGUUGGAUCCUGGUGUCUGCUGUGAUGUUUUGUUUCGCGAUAAUAUAUUCCAAGUUUUA